AUGUACUAUUACAGAAACUAUUAUGGUGGCCUAGGUGCUGGCUAUAAGGACUGUGGAUACGGUCAUGUCUGUUGCUUUGGUGCCUUUGGAAUCUUGGAAUGUGGCUACAGAUGUGGCUGUAAUAGGUAUGGACUUGACUGCUGA